UUAUUCUAUAGAGCUGUAUAGGCGACAAGCCAAAUAGUCUAAUCUAGCGAGUGGACCAUCACAAACACGAUGAUGAAAAUGAUGUGCAACCGAAGUUACUGAUGAGGAUGAUAGCGUGUUAGAUAUAGCCUAUACCCGAGUAUGUAACGUGAGCUUUGUCUACAUUUCAUCACUACAGGUACCUCAAGAUGAUGACCUCCAUCAGCUUGCUGAUUGUACUUGUUGCUGCUGAAGGCUUCCCUGUACAGGGUCCCCUUGGUCCUGUAGUUGCUCCCUUGGGAGGUUCUGUUCUGCUGCCCUGUUCUGUGGAGACCCCCUUACCUCUGGAGGAGCUGGAGGUGGAGUGGAGAAGACCAAACUCAAAUACCAUGGUGCACCUGUUCAAAGACAAGAAAAGUAGACCAGAGGCACAGAAUGCUGCUUAUGAGGGCAGAGCCCACUUCUUUACUGGGGAGUUUGCCAAAGGAAACUACUCUCUGUGGCUCACAAACACAACAGUGAGUGAUGCAGGGCCCUACAAAUGCCUGGUGUAUUCUUAUGACCAGCAAAAUGAAACACAAAUGGAAAUACAAGAAUUUGGUCGACAAUCCUCAAAAAUGAUCUUUGCUGUUGUGACGAUGGUUUCUGGCGCUCUUGCUGCACUCCUAAGUUGUAUAUUUCGGCGCAUGUUGUGCAAAGGGAAAUCAGCUGUUUUACUCCAUUCUUGUCACAUCAUAAUCCCAAACAUCCUAUUGUUUAUCGGAAUUACGUGUGCAGGCACAGAUCAAUUUGAAACCUACACCUCACCGGCAUUCACUGGUUAUGAUAUACAAACAGGUCUUAUCAUUAAACAUACAAUUUCAAUGUCUACAAUUAACCUACUGAGAAUCCUGCUGCUUUUCAAAGUGUGCCCACAUUUGAACAUAUUUCCUGUCGGACGGACAGUGAGGCGGACAGCAUCCAUCUUCUGCAUGCCAGUUGUGAAUUUAGUAUUUGGGAUCGUUUCAUCUAUUGGCCUGUGCACCACAGUGAAGCAUGGUUGUGUGUAUUUGUUACUUAAUGUGCUACCUGUGAUUGCUGUUGGAUUGCAAGCCUUCCAUUUGAUCGAAGAUCUAUAUUCACCACCAGCCUCAACAUCUCCCUCAUUCAUUUCCAUGAUAUACAUCUUGCAGACCUCUUUAAUAUUUUUCCAUGCAUGGUACCUCUGGGCGUUCCAAGUGCUUGGAGGCACUGUGGUGACUGACACUAUGUUCAUAUUCUUCCUGUCUUUUGCUUGCAUUUCCCAACAUAAAAGUACCCAAACAGUGAAGAAUCAGGUCCUUAUUUAUGAGAUUGGCGCUUCAGUUCUACCCAUUUUCAAUGGCAUUUUCCUCAGUUAUGUUGCUUUGGAAAUAUCAAUGAUACAUGCCCUGAAUGAUCCUUUCCUUUCAAAUCCACAUGUCAUUGUCAUUCCGGUAGAGUCUCUUUUUCUCAUGUUGUGGAUAUGCUUUCAGGCAUUCGCUAAAGAGCAGCCAUCGUGCAUAACCAGGGAGGAGCGCGUGCUCUUGCAGAUUCUCCGUCAGCAUGAACUACACAGAUUACCGGAUAUCAGCGAUAAUGAAUCAGACACAAAUGAGGUGGUAGAUGACACAGCAGAAGGCUCAGAGAGGUGACAGGGAUGCCUUGCAAUCCAAUGAGGGUGCAACAGCAAGCAGUUUUGUUAACUGAAUGUUUCUCAAUAUGUGUUGGCCUGUUUUACAGUAAGUAUUGUAUACAUUGUUGUAUACAAUUAAUAGAUAACAACACAGUAAACUAAUGUAUGUUAUAAAAGAUUAUUUAAGAAUCACAUUUAAGGUAAUACUAGUCAGUAGAUGGGUACUCUGUAUUCUUUGGGUAAAUGUAUGUAGCAGGGUGAACUGAUUGUUUAUGGUAAUUGCCUCAUUCCCCUUGCCCCUCCCCUGUCCUCACAAGUCUGAGCCCUGGGCACUGGCUGACUGCCACCCCAGUUUCUUUCUCCAGCCAGGUUGGCUAUUUGUUUGCCACUGUGAUAAAUUGGUGCAAUUACAGUAGUGGCAGUGGCAUUCUUUUGGAUUCACUCGCCUGUGCACUGGAUCCCUGUAGAUCCGUAAAGGACUGCUGGCCACAAACUGCUAUAGGGUAACUGCUGACUGGUUGUCAACAUUCUAUUUGACCUAGAGAUGGUCUGAACAUCGGGUGGCAGCCAACAUACGAGGCUGUUCUGUUUCUGUUUUUUAUUUCAUAUUGCCCUAUAUGGUCAUGCCUCCAUUCAUGUGACGUCUGUCUGUUCUCCCUAUGCUUGGGCAACUCGGGCAGUCGUUCUGUCAAUGAGGCUGGUUUGGGCGGCUCGAGUCUCUCCCUGUUUGGCCCUGCUGUUCCGAAGGUAUGAGCUGUACAGCGGAGGCCGAGACCUGUGGCACCAUCUAGACUCCUUUGUGUUCAGUCUAUUCUGUGUUUAUUCUUUGUUAUUUUCAUUCAGUGCAUUGUAUUUGUUUUUCUGUUCUGUGCUUAGGCUAAAUGGGGAACUCCCUUUAAGGUGUUUACUGUGUGCUGUGCCAUGCCUAGUGACUUGUACUGUAAAUUCACGCAGCUUGGUGUCUUUUGGGUCUUUUGUGGAGCACUCUGACUUGCCUCUGGGUUGGGGAUGCUGCAUCCCUCUCCUAAAUUCCCUGAAACAAGCUUAAGCCCUGAGAAGACUUUUCUUGUUUAAUAAAGUAUAUUUUGUAAA